UCCUCCUUGCACGGCUCGCGUACAGAACAGAGAAGCCCAGACUCGAACCGUUCUCGCUCCUCUGCUCCCUCCUCAAACCCUCGCCGCCGCCAGUCGCGCCGCCAGACCCGCUGCCCCCGUCGCCGGCCGAAUCCCCUCCUGCGCGUACAGAUCCGGCCACCCCGGCCUCUUUCCCGCCGGAUCCCCUGCUCAGCAGCGCUCGUCCCGGCACCAGGUUGGAGCAGCGAGCCCUUGACAAUGGCGAACUCAGCAGGUCGCCAUUGACGCCGGAGCCAGGAGCAGCAGCCCAGAGGCCGAGCCCCCUCGCCCAAACCACAAGAUGUCAUCGGAUAGUGAAAGUGAUGAUGACACUAAUUAUGAAAGAAAGAAAAUUAUGGUUUUACAAUAUCAACAUGAUAUGGACAUGCGUUGUUCAGGCGUGUCUUCCAUAGUUGGUAAGUAUUGUAAAAGUUGGGUCAUGAAGGCCGAACCUAGGACAUCUAGGUUGACUGGUUUUGAAUGGUCGCAAGAGACUAUUGGCACUCCCGGAGAGACAUACACAAUGUUGAGAAUGAAUGCACAUGUGUUCUUUGAUCUUCAUGACAAGUUGGUGGCAGAGUAUGGCCUCAAAGAAACAUGCUUUGUUACCACUUAUGAGUCUCUAGCUAUGUUCUUAUGGACCUUGGGGGGUUGUGAAUCAAAUAGGAGAACCCAAAACCGUUUCAAACAUGGAGCAGAUACGGUCCAUCGUAAGUUCCAUGAUGUUCUACAUUGUGUGAUCAAAAUGUCAUCUCACUACAUUAGGCCUCAAGACCCAAAUUUUCACAUUGUGCAUGAUAGGAUUAAGCGUGAUAAAAGGGCUUUUCCUCACCUCAAAGAUUGUAUUGGUGCAAUAGAUGGGACACAUAUUAGGGCUUCUAUUCCGGAAGGACCUUCAAAAGUAAGGUACAUUGGAAGAACGGGUGCAACAACUCAAAAUGUGAUGGCAGUAUGCGACUUUGAUAUGCAUUUCACCUACGCUUCAAUUGGACAACCGGGUUCUAUGCAUGACACAAGUGUCCUAUUCCAUGCAAUUGAAAAUGACAAGGCCAUAUUCCCACAUCCUCCCAAGGGCAAGUAUUACCUUGUAGACGCCGGUUAUCCUAACAGAGAUGGCUAUCUAGCACCCUACAAAGGAGAACGCUAUCACAUCCCCGACUUCCAGAGAGGUGCGCCCCCAACUACUCCUGUAGAGAAGUUCAACCGGCUCCACUCUUCCAAGCGCAAUACCAUAAAGAGAACCUUUGGUGUAUGGAAGAUGAAAUGGCAAAUCUUGCUCAAGAUGCCAAACUACUCGAUUGCAACACAAAAGAUGAUUGUUGCGGCUACCAUGACACUACACAACUAUGUCCGCCUCCAUGACAAAGAGGAUCUCCACUUUCUUCGGUGUGAGAGGGAUCCGGAUUAUGUUCCAACUAUUCCUGAUAGAUACAAGAAGUGUGCUAUUCCUUCAAAUGCAUCGGAUGCUUCAACAACGGCAGAAAGCGGUCCUAACAUGGAUUUGUUUAGGCAUGAACUAGCUACAGCCAUUGCUCUUAGUUGGUGAAGAAAUCAUGUUCAUGAUUUUCUA